CUAUGUCAACAUUUCCAAAAUUAUAGUAAUAGCGUAAUAUUUACACUUCCCUGCGUCAGUUUUUACUGUAUAGUUGGAAUCAUCCUCACUUCCUUUUUUUCAAGAGUUAUAUGAAUGCUUAAUCCUGUAAUUCAACAUACUGAGCUUCAGCCACACAUCCUCCUGAAGACCAAACCCGUUGUGGUCGAGUCCAUUCCGACUCACAGCGACACUAUGAGGCACAGCAGAACUGCCCCACGGGGUUUCCAAGAAGGAGCUGAUGGAUUCCAGCUGCCAACCUUUGCUCCACUCUUCUGAAUAGGUAACAGAAAACUUUAUUACGUUGCAUUUUUUUUUCUGGCAACUGUUUCAGUCUUAGAGAGAUCAUGUCCAAGUUGAGAAGGAACGCGAAGUCAAUCCUUGACAUUCGUUGCCUUGGAUGGAGAUAAACUACCAAUCGACCCUAGUUCAUAAAAAAGAGAACAAAGUAAAAUGGAUUUAGGGUGGGUAGUUCUGCUCUGGAAACCGUGGUGGCAGUGGUUAAGAGCUACGGCUGCUAACCAAAAGGACAACGGUUCGAAUCCACCAGGUAGGUGCUCCUUGGCAACCCUAUGGGGCAGUUCUACUGUUCUUCUAGGGUCGCUGUGAGUCCGAAUAGACUCGACGGCAACGGGCUUGGUUUGCGUUUUUUUAAUUCUACUCUUGGGCUCCCUGGAAACCCUGGUGGCUACUGGUUAAGUGCUAUAGCUGCUAACCAAAAUGUCCGCAGUUCAAAUCCACCAGGCACUCCUUGGAAAAACUAUGGGGCAGUUCUACUCGGUCCUAUAGGGUAGCUGUGAGUCUUUUCUUGGGCUUCACCGGGUGGUGUCCACCUGCAUCGCCUCUCUCUAUGAUCUCCCUCUCUUCAUGUCCCAUCCUUACCCAAGUUCGCCAAAGAGGUGCACCCCGAAAUAAUUUUUGUUUUCAUUUUCAGGAAGACUAACGCUCCAGGCCACGCCCAUGAGUAGCGGCCUCAUAGGAUAGCCUAGCUCUCCCCGCCCACCUGUCUCAGCAUUCCGUGCAAGAGCGCACGCCCCUCCGGUCCAGAUUCCUCGUGGCGCGUUCUCCGCCCGGCAGGUGGCGCUGUGGGCUAGGAGGCCUCUCCAGCAGUGCGUUCGAUCUGGGCGGGCAGCUUGGCUGCCGCCGCUGCUGCUGCAUGUGCAGCGGGUCGGCUCCCGGUGACCCGGUUCGCCAGAAUCUCAGGCUCUGUCCAGCCUGGGGCGGGGGCUCCCGCCAUGACGGCGACGGCGGCCGCGAUGCGCAUGUUCCUGGAGGUCAGGAGACGGCUGCAGAGCGCGCUGCUGAUCGUGGGAGAGCCAAAAGAAGGAGGUGUGCCCAUGGAUAUUUCUAUAAUGCCGUCAUCACUCCAAGUGAGAACGCCUGAAGGCUGCACAGAGAUCUGGUUUCCAGCAGAGGUCAGGCUUGUACCUUCCUCUUGCCGUGGGCUUCGGUAUGUGGCUGGAGAUGGACUUCACCUGCGGCUGCAGACACAGGCAGAAUUAAGCACAAAAUCGAUUUCAUUGUUUAAUCAAAGUCCACAAGCCCAAGAAUGUUGCACGUUUUAUUGCCAAUCCUGUGGUGAAGUCAUAAUAAGGGACAGGAAGCUUCUCAGGGUGCUCCCACUGCCGAGUGAGAACUGGGGAGCUCUGGUUGGAGAAUGGUGUUGUCAUCCUGAUCCCUUUGCUAAUAAGCCACUUCAUCCACAAGAGAAUGACUGUUUUACUGGAGACUCUUUCUUUUUGGUGAAUUUAAGAAGCGAUUCAUGGCAGCCAAGACCUGAACUUGACCAAAUGGAGACUCAUUAUCUUUCUUCUGAGAACCAUUUUGAAUUGAAACCAAAGGCAAAUACCAAAGUAAUUUGUAAACGUUGCAAGGUAAUGUUGGGAGAGACUACGUCAUCAGAUACUACAAAGUUGUAUAUGACAGAGAUAAUUAUUCAGCCAUCUAAGAGAAAUUUUCCCAUUAUACCAAGGUCUCACUUUGUACAGAGUGUUAUUGCCCGGUGUCUGGUGGAGCUCUCUUCUGCGAGAAGCACUUUUAGAUUCACUAUUCAAGGUCACGAUGGGAAAGCAUACAUGUUGUUAUGGCUUUUAAACUCAGACAGUUUGGUGAUUGAAUGUUUGGAAAAUUCUAAAAGUAUCAAAAAAUUCCCCCUGUUGGAAGAUAUUUUGAAGGACGAUUCCAGUUCUGCCUGGAAUGCCGUCAAAGUCCUGUAUCAGCCAUGCAUCAAAAACAGAAAUGAAAAUGGAAGCUUGGAUUGCCAGAUGGUAGUCUAAAAGAGGAAAAUAGCAAAUGUAAGUAUGAUUUUAUUUCCUUGAGCACACACAAAAAGUGGCAUGUAAUAUUUUUAGACUGUUCUUUCUAGCAAUAGAUAUAUCUUUCUUAACAUUCUCAACGUUAAGAAUGUUGUUUUUUCAUUACCCCCUUUCCUUCCCAUUUUUGCUGUAUGGUGAACACCAAUGUUUUUUUGUUGUUGUUUUUACUUCUCCAGGUAUUUCAUUAGAGGAAUUUAUUUUUUAUCUCAGCAUUCAUAUUAGAGUUUAGAGUCAAAAUAUUAGUUUUUUAGUUAUGGAUUCCAUCUAAGUUAACUUCUGCAAUUUAAUUUCUUUAAUGUAUCAAUCCACUUGUAACUUCAUCUUCUCUAGACUUGAGGUGAUUUUACCCCCGGGGGACUUUUGGCGAUGUCUGGAGACAUUUUGGUUGUCACAGCUUGGGGUAAGGUGGGGAAGGAGAUACCAGCAUCUAGCAGGUAGAGGUAGGGAUGUUGUUGAAUAUCAUCCAGUGCAUCCACCCCCACCCCCACCCACAGCAAAGAAUCAGCCAGCCCAAAAUGUCAGUAGUGCCAAGGAUGACAAACUCUGGUCUAGGCUGUCCCCUAAAAUCAAGACCUGUCUGCCUUUUCUCACUAAGUGUUGCAGCCCACUAUUUUCUCAAAAUUGUAUUUGUGCCAGCAAAUACGAGAAAAUUUUACUGUGGCAUUAGGUAAAAUCUCUAUAAUCCCACAGGCUGAAUUUGUUAAAUAAACAGGAUAAGUGGUGAAAUAUAAUAUAAAUAUUUGUUGUUACACUUCUUUAUUCUUUUUAAAUUAGGGAAAUGUGAAGAAUAGAUUUCUUUUCAUGUAAAUAAUGGUGAGAAAUUUCAUAGGUGUCAAGUCUCUUGUUCUCGUAUUUUAAAAAGAACUUGGGGAGUGUAAUCAUUAAGUGUAAAUAAGUGUUAUUUUUUUAAAGCCUAAAUUGAAUUUUCUUCACUGUGCAAGUUACAUAAGCUCUAAUAUUGGUACUGGUUCUUCCCACCUUUUUCAAAAGAUGAAAUGUCCAAUUUAGGAAUCUUGAGAAUUUGAACUGAGAAAAACCAUUCUACAGCCCUACAUUUAGUAGCAUUUUCCUGUAAAAUAUAUUGAGGAAUGAAUGAUGAAAUGUUAGAUUUAACUCCUGGUUUUAGUAGAAUUGAGAAAGUAACUUUUAUGACAUAACUAGGAUUCUCUAUGCUGGCUAUAUAUUGGUAAAUACUGCUUCUUAAAUGUAAGUGUUAUUUUUGCCUUAAGAUAGUUAUUGCUUUUUCUAGUGAAAUAAAAACACAUACAAACCAUACCCAUAUAUAUUGCACAUAUGUAAAAUAGUAUUAAUGAUCAUUUUUGCUUGUGAAGGACUAUUUCUUUAUCUUCCCCCCUUUAUCUCAGCAGUAAAAUUGAAACUGUGCUUGAUUUUGAUGCUCUGCACCUGGUGUGGCAGAGCAUAUUAUUGUCCAAAACAGGAGAUAAAAUUGAAUAAAAUUGGGUGGUUUUGAGGAAGAAAUUUAGAGGAACUUGUCCUUUUGAUUGAUAAACACAUAAAACAAACCAAAUAUUAAUUUAUGCUAUUUUAUAUCCAGCAGAAUAUCUUUAAAUUCUGUUAUUUAUUAAUUGUAUAACCUGGUGAAGCACUUCAUAAUAACUUAUUUAGAUAGCGUGUGAAUGGGUUUGCAAGAAUAAAUAGGUGCUGAAAGAAUGAGUGAAUGAAUGAGUGCCUCAGUACCACCAACCCUUAAAGAGUACUUUAUUAAACUACAUCAAAUAAGUAUUUACUCUACUUCCCCAUGUAGGAGUCAAAGAGUGACAUUUCAGUGUAUACCAAUUAGGGACAUUGUAUUUACAGGGUAGGAUAAACUAGAACAUGAGAUAAGAAUGGACGGUACCACUAUUUUAACUGCAACUAUAGCCAUUUUUUUUUUAUAGCCAUAGAAUUUUAAGAGUUAUUGAAACUUCAGAAAUUACUGAAUCCAAUUCUUAUAUUUUGCAGAGGAGUAAACUGAAGAUCAAAAAGAGAAAUAGCUACAGUUAUUCAGUUUGUUAGUUAGUGAUCAAGCCAGAAUUACAGCCAGGUUGUCCUGAUUCUAAAUUUAGUACUUUUUCAUUAUAUCAUGUAGUCCCUCACCAUAAAAUUUUAGAUGUGAAAAUGUCAGAUAAAUGUUUAUUUUUCUCUCCAGAAAAAUUCCCCUGGUAGUUUAUGAUCUGUCAGCAUUUUGAUUACUCCCCAAAAUAUACUGUUUACUAUACUAUAAAAAAAAAAUACUAUAGUCAGUGAAUAUUUAUGCAUCCUUAAUAUGUAAAAUCAAUAGCAGAAAUUUCCGAUUUAUAGAAUGUACAUAUCUCAUGUUAUAGAUCAGAAUUUAAGGGUGCAAAUAUGAUUUUUUUUUUUUUUAAGAAGUGCAGUGCCCUAAUUUCAUAGAACAGGAAGCCAUUGGACGGAAAUUAAUCUAAAAAUACAGGAAAGUAGUUAGGUGCAAUGGGAACAUAUACAUGCUUUCUUGGAAACCACUUUUCACACAUUUAAUUGUUUAUACCAUAUUAUCACCAAGACUUAGCCAUCUAAAUCUCAGGUAAUGUUUCUAGGAAUGAUUCUUUAUUAUUAAGCAAGUUGAGCAUACACCUCCUUCAUUUGUAAUUGGGAAAAUCAUUCCUUUGAUUGGACUAUAUAGGUACAGUGGCUUAAACUCAAAUUUAUUUAUUUGAAAUGUCUGUAUUAUCAGUGAAUUUAUUUGUAAUCAUUAAAGAUACAGGAAAUAAGACCACGGCAUAUAAUAAAAGUGAGCUUUUUUCCCCUAGAGAUUCCAGUAAAAGCAGGCUUCCUGUGAAAAGCAAUUCAUCUCUUGAGAUUGCUUCCUUGAGGAAAAUCUGGUUUCCUUCAUCUGAUAAAAGGAAUGUGAGAUGAGUAUAGUUGUGACCUGUGAGAGUAAAAAGGAGAAGGGCCUGAGAUUGGAUAGAGGAAAGGAGUAUGCAUAUAAAAUUGUUUCUUUAAUGUGUUUUCUAAUCUUUAUGUUAGUGUUAUGGAUUGAAUUGUGUCCCCAAAAAUGUGUAAACUUGGCUAGGGUGUGAUUCCUAGUAUUGUGUGAUUGUCUACCAUUUUGUCAUCUGAUAUGAUUUUCCUAUGUGUUGUAAAUUCUACCUCUAUGAUGUUAAUACAGCAGGAUUAGAAGCAUUUAUAUCAAGGAGGCAGGACUCAUCUGUAAAAUUAGGUUGUUUCUUGUGUCAGUCUCUUUUGAGAUAUAGAAGAGAAGUCAGUAGAGAGACAGGGGAACCUCAUUACCACCAAGUAAGAAGAGCCAGGUCCUUUGGACCUGGGGUCCCUGUGCUGAGAAGUUCCCUAGAUUAGGGGAAGAUUGAUGACAAGACCUUUCUCAGGGCUACGGAGAAAGAACGCUUUCCCCUAGAGCUGGCACCCUUAAUUCAGACUUCUAGCCUCCUAGACUGUGAGAGAAUAAAUUUCCCUUUGUUAAAGCCAUCCACUCGUAUUUCUGUCAUAGCAGCGCUAGAUAACUAAGGCAGUUAGAAGGGUUCCGUUUUUUUUUUUUUUUUCUCUCUCUCUUUUUUAUUAUCUCCUUUUACUUAAUGUAAUUGGUGGUCCUGGUGGUGCAAUGAUUAAAGUGCUCAGCUGCUAACUGGAAGGUCAAUGGUUCAAACCCACCAGCCAUUCCAUGGGAGAAAGAUAUGGCAGUCUGCUUUCAUAAAGGUUACAUGGACUUGGAAACCCUAGGGUGGGUUCCUACUUUGUUUUAUAGGGUCUUUAUGGAUCAGAAGCAACUUGAUGGCAAUGGGUUUUUGGAAUGUAUUUGGUAUUGUAUGUUAUUCCAAAGCAGGAGAGUGAAGAUCUCUGCCAUAUGGAACUUAUGGUAAAGUUAGCCAACAGCGUAAAUGUACAAAAAAUUCUUUCAAAAGACCAAGUUCUACAUAAAUGCUCAGAAACAGAUUUUCAUGAAGAACAUUUAUUCAUUAGCUGAGUUGAAGAAAAAAGUUGGAAGUACUCACCUUCAGUUCCCCCUGUAAAAGCUGAAAAUGGCUUGGCAGGGAAAGUUUGCAUGUUUUCAUAUGUUAAAUUUUAGGGCCAACCAGUAGGCUGCUACUGAUAAAGUGGUGUGUAGCUAGCCCACAGGGACUGGGUCGGGGGUGGGGAGGUGGGGGGAGCAGUCAUCUCCCCACAGAUAGUCCCAUAUAUCUACUUAGCAUAUUGGGACUCUCCCCAAAAGCUAUCAUUUCAAAGAAUGGGUUCCACAGCUGAAAAAACCACUGCUUUUUGUGACGUGAAUUUCAACCAGCCUGUGCUCGAAUUCAUUGGAUAAUAGCAAGCUUACUACUUGCAGAAGCAACUACAUUGAGAAAGUUCUAAUCGUUAAAGUGGUCUUCCUUUUGUUGGACUGAAAUUUGCCUCCUAGGAACUGUCAUUCAGAGCUACCAAAAAUCAAUCUACUGAUUCUUGGGCAGAUAUAUAGCCACCAAAGCGUAUUAGUGGUUACACAGGUUGGAGGGAGAAUGAAAAGGAAAGCCAUUGCUUAGGGGGCACUGAAUUUCUGUUAAGGGUGGGUGGUGAAAUAAUUUGGGAGAGGGUAGUGGUAAUGGUUGCAUAACAUGAUGAACAUAAUGUCACUGAAUUAUAUAUGUAACUUGUUGAGCUGACAAAUGUUUUAUAAUGUAUAUUUUUACCAUAGUAAAAAAAAUUAAUCUACUGAUUCUUGAACAUAACAGCUCUUUAAAUAUUCGGAUAAUCUGACACUAUCUCCUAAGUUUUCACUUCUUAAGGCAACAUCCUAAAAUGGCAUGGUUUCAAGCUUUCUUUUCCUCAUGCCAUCUCUUUUUCCUCUUAGCCACCUUUCCUAAUACCAUGUUGAUUGUCUAUCAGUAGAUGGUGGCCUAGCAUUCUGUCAGCUACAUGUAGAUAGGGUAAACUGGAGAGAAGCCAGAACUAGGGAUAUAUCCUACAAAGCUGUGUUAGGUCAUUUAGUGGUAAAGAGAAAACUGUUUUCUGUGGAACUGGACAAGGAAGGCUGGAUUUCAAGAAUCCAUGGAAUUUAAACUAUGUACAUAAAAGUUUUCAACUUCAGGUAUUGGAUGCUCAUUUUUUCAUUUAUUCAUUCAGCAAAUACUUAUUAAAUGCAUACUAUUGUGCUCAUAGUGACCAUGUGCACAACAGAACGAAAUACUGCCCGGUCCUGCACCAUCCUUACAAUCUUUGUCAUGCUUGAGCUCACUGUUGCAGCCACUGGGUCAUUCCACCUCAUUGAGGGUCUCCCUCUUUUCCGCUGACCCUGUACUUUGCCAAGCGUGAUGUCCUUCUCCAGGGAAUGAUCCCUCCUGACAAUAUGUCCAAAGUAUGUAAGAUGCUGCCUUGCCAUCCUUGCUUCCAAGGAGCAUUCUGGUUGUACUUCUUCUGAGACAGAUUUGUUCGUUCUUUUGGCAGUCCAUGGUACAUUCAGUAUUCUUCACCAACUACUGUGCUAUGUAUUGGGAAUACAGUAUUGAGCUAAAAGAGACCCUAUGUCAUAUCUCACAGACCUUAUUACACUGUAGUGGAAAAGGCAAAUAAAUGCAAAAUUGCAACCUGAUCAGUGGUAUGAAGAAGAGAUAUAUGGUGCUAUGAGAGCAUAUCAGAGGGAGACCAACCAAGUCAGGAUAGGAUUCCAUGAAGAAUUGAUUCUUGACUCAUAUCUGAAGCAUGAGAAGGAGUUAAUUGUGUGAAGAGCAUCUAGACUAGGGGAAAAGCAAUACAGAAGGACUUGGGGUAGGAGAGAGCACAGUGAUUACAGUUUCCUGUAAUGGAGAGGGUGAGAAAUAGAACUUUGGUAAGGAGGAGUCAGAUCAACUCAGGGCCCUGAACAACACUCAAGGAGUUUUGUCUUUUUGUUUAUCCUAAGAACAAUGAGAAUCUAUUGAACAUUUUAUCCAGAAAGAAGGAUGAGAUGGCUUAAUUUAUGCUUCAGAAAUAACAUUCUGGCAACCCCAUACAGAACACUUAGAUAUGGGUAGCUCAUAUAGGAAGAUAUGGCAGUAAUCUGAGAGAAAAGAUUUUGAUUAGGACCUUGGCAGUGGUAGCUGAGAUAGAUCUGAGAGAUACGUAGUAAGUAAAAUUGCAGUGCUUGGUGACUGAUUGGAUUUGGGAGAUGUACCACUAUUCACUGAGAUAGAGAACAUGGGAAGGAGGUCACUUUAGGAGAAGAUAAUGAAGUUGUUUUAUAUAUGUUGAAUUUGAGGUACCUUUGUGUCAUUCAAGAGGAGAUAUCAAGUAGAAAAUUGAAUAUAUAGACCUGGGGUUCAGGUGAAAAGUUUGAGCUGGAUUUACAAAUUUGUGUGUCAUCUGCAUAUUGGUCCUCAUUGAAUCUGAGGGUGUGAGUGAGAUUGCUUAGGAAGAGAGAAUGGAAGAACUGAGCUGUGAAGAAAACUUGUAUUUAUGGACCAAGUAGAGGAGGAGAAGCCUGGAAAGGAGGUUGAGGAAAAGUAGCCAGAGAGGCAGGAGGAAAAUCAACAGAGGAAGUGGUCAGAUGCUUCUGAGAGAUCAGGUAAGAUGUUGAAUGUAAAAUGUGCAUUGGACUUAGAUUACAAAGGUCAUUGGUGACUUUAGCAGAGGUUUUUUUAUUUUUCGUUGGGCAGGGGGGUGUGGUGGUAGGUGGGCCAGGAGCUAAGUUGGAAUAGAUGAGCAGUGAGUGAGAGGUGAUACAACAGAGACAAAAAGUAUGGACAACUCUUUCAACAAGUUUGGCUGUGAAGGGAAGGGGAGAGUUAGAUUUGGGGAUAUGGAGAUGAUUGAAGGUUGGCAGGUGGGGUUAGACCCUUGAGUCUAUUUAAAAGCCAAUAGAGGGGAUCCUGUUGAGAGGAAGAGGUUGAUUACAUAUGAAAAAGAAGUGAUGACUGAUAAAGUAAGAUAUCUGACACAAUAGAAAGGGCUGGUAUCUCAGUUUCAGGUGGGGCAUUUAGCCUUGGGAGCAGCGAUGGCUACCUUUUAACGGUGGGGGGAGUCAAGCUUUUGUUAUGGAUGGAACAGUUACAGUUUGGUUUGAGGAAGAUGAGAGAUGUUCUUCUGCUGGCUUCUGUUUUAUCUGUAAAAUAGGAGUUAAGAACAAAGAGGCAUAAGAGGGAAAGGGGUGGAGACAGUGGGUAGCUGGAAAUAUGAGGAGACAGGAUAAGGUAUAAAAUGUUCAUUCGGAGAGGAAGUGAAUGAGAUGACUACAGAUGCCUGGGAUUGACAGGCAUUGUUCACUGCCCAUUUGAGGUUUGUGAUCAUGAACGCAUAGAGUGAUAUUUAUCUUGUUUUUAAAAUGACAGACCACAGAAUCUACGUGGCCUAUUUUAAUGGAGAUUGAGGGUUUGGAAAGGGGCCUUAGUCAUUGUAGAGGAGAAAUUUAGCUUUAAUUAUAUGAUAAUCUGAAGCUUCUCAAAAUGAUAUUUUUAAAAAGGGCUGAAAAUUAUUGAUGGGACAUGAUCUCUUUAAAAUAUAUUAAGGAAAACUCUCUUAAUGAAGUUUUAGCCCUUAUUUAAGUAUAUAUGCCCUAAGUUAAAUUUUCUUGAAAAAUUUCCGUUUAAUUUUUAUAGUUCUAUUUUGUAAGCAAAUUUAUCGGGCUAUUGCAGGAUAAUGAGUAUAAAUGUACAUGGUCUUUAGCAUCUGUCAGAGUUUUAGUUUGACAUUUGUGACAUGAAGCAAUUGAAAUGUUCCUGGUUGGUUUUGCUUUUAUUCUAGACAUUAGGGGUGAAAAAUAAACUUUCUAUUCUAAGACCAGCUGGAGUAGAGGGAAGAAGUCAGUUCCUUUCAGUAUCACUUGGGGAUAUUUUUAUCCAGAUGGCUACAAGAGCCCUCCAAAUGCUUGUACCUUUAUUGAAAAUCAAGAUAAAUUGAACAUUAUAUUAUUGGCCUUCUCAUUGUUUAGACUGGCUACUACUGUAACAUCCAGUGGUGAGGGCAAGUGCUAUGUCUCAGGGUCUAAGGCAGGGCUUCAGGCCUCAAGCUUCCAGCAAAAGCUCUGGCCUCCAUAGGGUACCCUUAGCAUCAUAGCUCCUUCUCAAAGGCCAGAGCCUUAUUCUAGCCAUUUUCUUUCUUAUGUCAGAGGAGAAUUGCCUACCCACCCUAAAAAAAUUAAUCAUUCCUAAUUUUCCAGGUGAAUGAAUGAUGAAGGCAUUCUCCUUGUAAAAUAAUUUUCAACAUCAUAGGUAAAACUCAAAUUACUUUAACCGCCAUUUCCAAACCCAGUUCCCUCUUCAUAAGUUACUACUGUACCAGGUUGCUAUGUAUCUUGCCAGACCUUUAUCUAAACAUAUACAUAUAUAUGCCCCCUAGAUGUAGAUAUAGAAAUAAUUUGUGUUUUCUCUCUUCCUUUUUUUUUCUUUCUUAAACAUAAAUAAUAUAUGGAGUCCCUAGAUAGUGGAAAUAGCUAAUAAACUUAACUGCUAACCAAAAGGUUGGCAGUUUGAGUCCAUCCAGAGGCACCUUGGGAGAAAGGCCUAGUAGACUACUUCUGAAAAAAAUCAGCCAUUGAAAAUCCUGUGAAGCACACAGGGUUGUUCUGAGUUGAAAUUGACUCGACGGCAACUGGAGAAAGAUCUUUCUGCAAUUUUUUUCACUCAAUGUUAUAUCCUCUUGGUGUAUCUAAAUGUAUCUCUUCUUUUUUUUUCUGGGUAGGAUAUAUUCCAUACUGUAGGUAUGUCGUGUUUUAUUUA